AUGGUGCAGGAUAUAUUGGUGGUUUGCGUAUUGCCCUCGGCAGAUCAGGAGAUACAGCUUGAGCUGCCCUGUGCUGCAAUGGAGCGCCUGCAGAGGUGCGAUGUGUGGUUCUUGAGCGCUCAAGAUGCCGCCGUGAUGUGCACCUCCGACGGACCACUCCGUAGCAACAUCCAGUUCGAGGGCAUGACCUGCAAUCUUCCAAGCCAGGCCUCGAUGCAAUUGCCCGGCGAGGUACUGGUGGGCGGUGCAGCAGCCGCCACCGGUGCUGGUGUUGCUGCUCUGGCGCAGGUGGGCACGCUGGCUGCCACGACUAAUGGCAUCGUGUACGCCGUCACCGGUGGUGCUGCUGCUCUUUCAAUCGGUGCGGGCUUUGCUGUGGUGGCGUCUGUGGGGGCCGUGGCCGGCCUCGCUGUUGGCUUGCCUCUGGCCAUGUGUGCGCAAGGACGCAGCCAUGGCGCAGCAUCGCAAGACAAGGUCGAACUUCCAGCCACCUUCGCCUCGGAGGAUGGCGGCGGUGCUUUCGCGCCUGGCAGCGAAGCGGCGAAUGCUUGGGAUGGUGACCCUGAGACCUUCUACGACGCCUCAGCAGCCUCCGGGAGCUUCACUGCUGGAGACCUACAGCGCAGCCAUACGAUUGGGUCGAUCCACUUCGUGGCGCGGAGAGGUUUCACGCACAGCAUGAUUGGCGGCAAGUUCGAGGCAGCAAACUGCCUCUCGGGACCCUGGGAGCUGCUCCACACGAUCAUCUCCGAGCCAUUGGACAACCCGCUCGUCAACAAGGUCGAGGUCCAGGCUGAGCAGCCCUUUCGGUUCAUCCGCCGCGGCCUUAAUGAGGGCUUCAACGCCUCGAUCCUGUGUCAAGUCGAUAGGCGCAGACGGGGGGUACAGAGGUGA